AAUAACAUGUGCGAUUUCUUUGUUUUUGAGAUUGAAUGUGAUGGAGGAACUCACUGCCCAAAAAAACUGGACGGAUGAGGAGCGCUUGGAGCUGGCCGCUCGGCUAGAUGCCGAGCUGGAUGCCUUCAUUGAGGGCUUGGAAAAGAAGCGGUAUGAGGAGGGCUGGCCGGAGGACCGAUGGCAGGAGGAAAUGGACAAACACCCAUUCUUUAUGAAAAAGGCCCCGCAGCCUGGUGACGAGGUGCACCCCAUGUUUGAGGGCCUGCAGAAGCUUAAGUACGACCCGGAGGAGAACACUCGCGAUGAGCUGGCGCUCAACUACAAGGAGGACGGAAAUUUCUACAUGAAGCACAAGAAAUUUCGCAUGGCUGUCUACAGUUUCAGCGAAGGCAUUAAAUCCAAAACUGAGAAUCCUGACGUGCUGGCCGUGCUUUACAACAAUCGUUCUGCCGCUCACUACUUUAUCAAGAACCACAGAUCCGCUCUGAGUGAUGCUCAGCGAGCUCUGUUCUACAAGCCCGACUACACGAAGGCUCGCUGGCGAGCGGCACAGUGUGCCCACGAGUUGGACAAGUUCGACGUUUGCACUCAGCUGUGCGAGGAGCUGCUGGAGGUGGAUGUUGACCACAAAGAGGCCAAGACGUUGCUCCACAGAACCAAAAUGAAGAAGCUUGAAACAGAACGGAAUCAACGUAAGGAGGCGGCCGAGGCCAAGCGACGUUUGACACGCUUCCACAGGCUAAAAGAUGCAAUCGAGCAAAGAGCCAUUAAGUUCGAUGAUCAAAGGGUUGGAAAGAAGAUGGAGCUUACCGAGGAGCUGCUGCGGCCCAAAUUCUUGCCCUUGGAGGACCAUUCGGUGCACCUGGACAAUGAUAGCAGUACAUUGGUUUGGCCCGCCGCCUUCUCUUACCCCGAGUUUCUGUUCAGCGACUUCCAGCAGCAGCUGCCGGAGACGGCCACGAUGAACGACUGUCUGGCGACUCUGUUUGCCGAGCCCAUGCCUUGCGACAAGUCCCUUAAUUAUAGGCUGGGAAAUGUGCAUGUCUAUUACGAAAACCGAAAGGCUGGACUCGUUCACAAGGUGGCACCCGAGAAGACAAUCGCCGAGAUAAUUGCCGAAAAGGGAUUUUUUGUAUCCGGCGGCGCUUUGCUGUUCUAUGUGGUUCCCAAGGACACUCGCAUAGAGCAGGAGUUUAUAAAUCAACAGAGAAGACCAAUGGUUUACAGUUAAUGCUCCCGAAAAUAAAUUCCAAUUAAAAAAACUCCAA